ACAUUUCCGAAUCGUGGAAGCCUUCCAAACUGCACCCUCAGAUUCCUUCACUGUUAAGCGACCUGUCUCGAGACUGCCUACGAUUCUUUUAUUCGAAGCUCAACUCGUCGACUUGUGUACAGGGCUUCCUGUAGGUUCUCAGAAUGUGUAUCGCCAUUGUGACGACUGAGCAUCCUCAGUAUCCCCUCAUCAUACUGAACAACCGAGAUGAAUAUCUGCACCGACCCACACAAGAAGCAACAUGGUGGCCAGAACCCGACACCCAAGUCCUCGGAGGCUACGACCUGCAUCGGCCAGCCCGCGGUACCUGGCUUGGCGUGACUCGCCAAGGUCGAGUCGCAGUCCUCACCAACUACCGUGAGGAGGGUGAAGCCAUCAUCGAAGGUGCCCGAAGCCGGGGACUCAUUCCUAAUGCAUGGCUCAAGUCGGAUCCGAAGGCCAGUGAAUCAGCGGAGCAGUUCGCUAAGAGAAUGAUCCAGGAGGAUGGUGUGAAAGGUGUGGGAGGCUUUAGCCUGCUCUACGGUUUCAUGCAAGACGUCGUCAAGGGCGGAAAAGGCCUCAGAAUUAUCUCCAAUCGGACCCCCGAUAUCGACGGCGUGAUAAUCCUCGCCACAAAACCAGGGGAGACACACGCUCUCAGCAAUGCAGCCUACGGUGACCGCUCAUGGCCGAAAAUCGUGAACGGAGAGAAAUGGACCGUAGAAGCUAUCAGGACGAGCGUGGAAAAGAACGAAACCCGAGAUCAGCUUGUGGACCGGUUGAUCGACAUUCUAAGCAUCGACACUAUGCCAAAGCAGAAAGAGAACGAGGAAUGGGAUAUGUACUUGAACCAACUUCGGCAUAGCAUCUUCAUCCCAUCGAUUGGGAGGGACGAUCUUGAAGAACUGAAGAUGCCCGCUCAUGAAAUCGGCGACGUGGUCAAGCAGAGGGCUGCGCACGCGACGGACGGUGUCUAUGGGACGCAGAAGAAUAUUGUUAUUCUGGUAGAUCGGGAGGGCAAGGUCUUCUAUCUUGAACGGACGCUCUUCGAUCGGGAUGCGAAACCGAUUGAGAAGGGCAAAGGCGAUGCGACGUUCGAAUUCCAGGUCGAGGGUUGGUAACAUGAGGAUGACUGAGGAGGAUGCAACGGACAAUUGCGGAUUAGACUAGGCACAAGACCGGCCAUUUGCAGGCGUAACGGGAUCUGUAUAAUAUUUAGCAGUAUUGCUUCAAGCAUGGAUCCUGAUUGCAUACAACCACUACUGAUAGAAUGCCGAGCUAGCAAG